CGUAGUUUCGCGCAUGCGCCAAUGGUCCAAUGAAGGUGGGCGAGAUUGCAACGCUCAGUUUGUGCAGCUAAGUUAGAUUGUGUAGACAGUCUGUAUUUGGGUUUAUAUAUCAAACAUAAAACUAACUAAAUAAUGAGCAAAUCUAGUUUUCAGUCGGUCGGCAGUACAGAGGAGCUGGAUAAAGUGGACAUGUCUUUAGAUGACAUUAUUCGUCUGAAUAAGAAGCAGAAACAAAUUCAGAACCAGAAGACAAACCCCAGGACCCCAGUUGGGGGUCACUUUAACCAAGGGAAGACAAGUGGGGCAAGAGCUGGAGUGCCAUCCAAAAGAGUUGGUGGUGUUGCUGCAGGAGGUGUUACGAAUAAACGCUUCGGUUGGAGCCGCAAGUUUCCACCCACAGUGGCAAGGCGUCGUGGGCAGGGAGUCAUCACUGGCUUGGCUGCAAGAAAGAACGCUGUUCUGCUAAAAGGUAUCAGUCCACUCAAUCGACCCGCCCAGAUCAGACCUGCUCAGAACCGACCAAUGCUGAACCGACAGGUGGCCAACAAUUCGUCUUUAAACCAGAGAUCUCAGCCGUUUGUCCAGCGGCGUGACUCCCAGCGCCGACAGAUGCAGAUUCAGAGGAGACCACACAGACAGAUGGAUUCCCAGAAACACCAGGGCUCCGUUUCACACAGACCCUUUCGGCUUCGCAGGAAAUGGAAUGUUCCAUCUGCUCCACAAACACAGAGGGAAACUCGACAGGCCACCUUCCUUUUCAGAAGAGGGCUUAAGGUUAAUGCACAAGUUCAGAAAACCAGGUCGACUUCACCCACACAGAGAACUCACUCGUGGCGCACUUCUACAAACAACAGCGGCAUCCUCACAGUGUCCAUAGACAACCCUACAGCUAGAACACAACCGGAGCAAGCUCAGUCUUGGUCUCUGCACCCCUCAACCUCAACACGCUUGUCACCUCAAUCCAAAGAAGACGCUGAGAGGAGGCCGCCUAAAGGUGUCGCCCUGCAGUUCGACAUUAACAGCGUUGGAAAACAGACCGGAAUGACCCUCAACGAGCGCUUCCGCAUUCUGAAAGACCAGCGCGUGGCAGCAACGCAUCAGACCAGCAAGAGAGGCCGAUUCGUCACUGUGGCCUAGAGCUGAACUCUGAGACAUUGAUCACAUGUCCAUCUAUUCCUGUUCUUGAACGGAGUCGCACCAAACCCACAGAAUGAGGCAGCCAAAUAAGGACCAGAGCUGAACUAACACUGUUUCAAUGCAUUGAAUUUCCCUGCCUGAAGAGACUGAGAAAGUGGAUGUGCAGGUUUUCUGAAAGAGUUGGGGGAAGUGGUUGACAUUUUUUUGUGAAAGCUUGCUGUUCUGUUCUCACAAAGCAAGUAAAACUGUUGCAUUUCAGUUUGUUUACAUUGUGUUGUCUUCUGAACUGCCCUUUAUUUGUUGGAGUCCUGUUUUUUUUAUUUGCAUCACGCAGUUUCAGCUCACAAUGAAUUUCAAAGUUUCUAUGUAGACCUUGUGUUUGUUUUUCUUAAAACCGUUGUAUGAAGCACAUUGCAUUCUUUUGUAGAGCAAAAAAAGACUGUUUUAAAGAUGUUUUAUAAUGUUUCAAUUAAAUGCAACAUUAUGCACCAAA